ACGUCGGCGCGGUGCUCGGGCGAGCCGCGGUGGCGCUUUCGCUGGCCCUCGUGGGGCUGCUUCUCAGCGCAGGCCGCGCCGGCCAGUGCCUGUGCGGGGCCUCGCUCGGCGACGGCGGGAUGCGGGAGCCCCCAGCGGCGGGGCCUGGCUCACCGUCCGCCGUCGCCGAGAGCAUCGGGGACUCCCUCGCGGCGCUGGGCAGCCAGUGGGCGGUGGACGAGGCGCUCCGGAGCCGGGCAGACGCUGGCGAGCAGGUGGCGGCGGGGCAGAUCGAGCGCCUGCGUUCCAGGGCCGAGGGGCGCGCCUGUGGCGUGCUGCGCGGCGGCCGGCUUCCGCCCCGCGGGGUCGCGGCGCCGCCCGCCGCGGGGGGGCCGCCCGAGGGCGCCCAGCACGGGCGGUGCCCCGACCGCCCUGGCGCGGGCGACGUGCAGCUGCUGGCGGGCCACGUGUGGCUUCAGUUGGACGCGCAGCGCCGCGCUCGGCAGACCUCGCCCGAGGAGGUGCCCUGCCGGAGCGUCGGGGUGGCGCCGUGGGGGAUGGGCCGCGCUGCGGGGGACUGGCGCUCGUGGCGCGUGCCCGCGGUGAGGGGGGGCGCCGUGCAGGCCCUCCCUCUGGGGGCGUGCGACGCCCGCGGCCCGCCUGGUGGCGAGGCGGGCGGCCGCUGGGUCGCCGUCUGGGUGCCGCGCAGCCGCGAGCUUGGCCGCGCGCUGCUCCCGUCGCGCUGCAAGGUCAGGAGGGCGACCACUGUCGCCCUGCGCCCGGCUGGCCUCGGCACCCUCUGCGCCCGCUGUGGGUCGUUCCCGGUCGUGGGGCCAUCCUGA